AUGUCCUCAACUUCCGAUGCGUCCUGGGAAGUUUCUUUCCUUCAGGUCCAGACUACCACAGCAGAUGCUGUCACGGAUACUCUUUAUGCCAAUGGCCACAUGCAGGUCCCUGUUAUUGUUACUAUUAAAGCCAUUGAUCCUGAAUCGGCUGCAACCUAUGAGCUGAAGGAUUCAGACCUCGAGAAAAUCAAAUUGAUUGACCACGACGAUGAGACUCCAGCCACGGAAUUAUCGGGGUCAUGGAGUUACUCAGCCACCGAAAACGAAUUCGACCACGCAUUGCCAACCUCGAGAAAAGAGCCCCAAACGGACUUAUCCCUUGCGGAUGGGGACCCUCAAAGAAAGCGCUACUGGGUGACAACGACAAAGAUGGAAAACAAACGGAUUGGAGCCAGCAUUAAACAGCCUGAUGGUACUGUUGUACAUACAGCGAGUGCAGGCUUUGAUUCCAAAGUCACUGUCCGGAGUAUAGACCCAGUGAAAUAUACAAGAGAUGACUUGAAUCUUGAACGAGAGGAUACCGCCGAUGGCAAUUUUUAUUCUCCGAACUAUCACUGGUACUGGGAUCAAGACAAUUACUAUCUCACCAGCACAAUACACGAUUUUCGAAAGGUUGAACUGUAUGGUUAUGAUGGUGGCACUGAUCCAUACCUGAAAUAUUCUACCGGCUUUUUUUCGGUGCACGAGCCUUGCAACAUCUUCUAUUAUUGGCCGAUGGGCUCCAAGGAGACGCUUACUGUGGGAAAGGGACUUAUGACAACUGAAAUUACGAUAAAUCAAAGACCCAACGCCAUGUGCUGUACCCGUAUGCGGUUCGAAGGGGCAAAUCCAUGGAAAGAGCAUCAUUGGUGGGAGGGUAAAUUUACCAUCUACGACAAAUUUGGCAAUUCGGGCAUUUUUUUCAUGGGCUAUGAUGAAGAUCGUAAUCAGCUGCAGAUCUUAACUAAAGGAUAUGAGGGUUGA